AUGGGCGGCCUGGAUUUGAGUGAAAUAGACACUGGCGACUUGGUCAGGGAGGUGCAGCGGAGGUUGGAGUGCCUGUCCAAGCCCGAGAAGCGGCUCAUUCUGAUCGGCCCCCCCGGCUCGGGCAAGGGCACCCAGAGCCCCAUGAUCAAGAACGAGAACUGCCUGUGCCACCUGGCCACCGGCGACAUGCUGCGGGCGGCGGUGGCGGCCAAGACGCCGCUGGGCCUGGAGGCCAAGAAGGCGAUGGAGGCGGGCGCGCUCGUGUCGGACGAGAUUGUGGUGGGGCUGAUCGAGGACAACAUGAAGAGGCCCGAGUGCCGCACCGGCUUUGUGCUGGACGGCUUCCCGCGCACCGUGGUGCAGGCCCAGAAGCUGGACGAGAUGCUGCAGCACAAGGGGCAGACCAUCGACAGGGUGCUCAACUUUGCGGUGCGUGACCAGCUGCUGGUGGACCGCAUCACGGGGCGCUGGGUGCACCCGGCCAGCGGGCGCUCGUACCACGAGAAGUUUGCGCCCCCCAAGGUGGCGGGGGUGGAUGAUGUGACGGGGGAGCCGCUGGUGAAGCGCAAGGACGACAACGCGGAGACGCUGAAGAGCAGGCUGUCGGCGUUCCAUGCGCAGACGGCGCCGGUGAUUGCCUACUACAAGGAGAAGGUGGUGCACAUCAAGGCAGACAAGGCGCAGGGGGAGGUGGCGGGGCAGGUGCGCAGGGCGCUGGCGUGA